AUGUACCUUGUACCAUUUGAGGAUUUCCAUUUUGUCUGUUCAUGUAGUCAGUCAAGCGGGUACGGCAAUUGGCGGCAAAAUGUCCAACUUUUUGACAGUAGUUGCAUACAGGUCGAUUAUUCCAUCGUCGUUCGUUGUCAGGUGCUCUUAUUUGUUGUCGACUUCGGUUGUUGCCCUGAAAAUAUCUAGAAUUAUUUUGGUUUCUUGGAUAAGACCCGUUUGGAUUGUAUCUCCAGCCAUUUCGAGGUUGUUCUCUGUUUGGAUUAGUUUGAUUCAAAGUUUGAAACCUACCUGGCUUGAUCAUGUA